AGAUGGGUUGCAGAUUUAAAUCGCAGAUUCCACCCUUUGCCCAAGGGCACGACGGCUGCCGUGUUCAAACUCCUGUUUCCCGAGGAUGAUGCCCGCCGGAAGUACGACUUGCAAGAGACGCGUUUAGCACGUCAUCUCGUCACAAUACUCGGCGUCUCAGACCAACCCGGUGGUAGAGGUGCCCGAUUACGUGCCUGGAACGCGUCGAACGCGUCCGGAUGCCUGGGGGAGGAGGUGAAGAGGGUAUUGGAUCCGGCGUCCCCGGAUAUUGAUGGACGUAUAUGGGCUGUAUCAAUCGCUGAAGUUGACGCUUUGCUUGACGAGCUAGCCACGACCUCAGCAUGGUCCGCUGACUGUGUUCGGACCGCACACUCCCCGUCUCCCCGCCGCACGCGUUCUGCCAUUCUCUCGGACCUCUUUCGCGACAUUCCUGCACUCGAUGCGGCAUUCCUCACUCAGAUCAUUCUUAAGGACCUGCGACCUCUUCUCUAUCCUCUGCCAGAAACACAUACCACGGUGGCUUUGAGAGAUUACAAGAGCAAUGCGCUCAGUAUCCUGACACGAGAAAUCGCGAUGAAAGUGUGGGAUCCGAGUGGGCGGAUGUUGAAGAUAUACGCGUCGAGAGCCAAUUUAGAAGAAGCUGCCCAUGCAUUUGACGAGGGCGACCUAGCUUGUACGCCGGUCUUCGGACUUCCUAUCCAGAUCCCGAAAUCGGUGAAAGGUACAUCCUGCCGUCACGCCCUUCAACAGCUUUUCCGCAGCAGCAUUGCACCAAAGAAAAUCUGGGCUGAAGUCAAGUAUGACGGUGAGCGGGCGCAAAUUCACGUACAACGCAGGAUACUCCCCUCCGUCCAUCAGUCGGAGUCACUGGAGUGGGAGAUCAAGAUCUUCAGCAAGAGCAUGCGCGAUUCAACGAGGGAUCGGAUCGCUCUGCAUCCAAUAAUCUUAGAGGCCCUCGGCAUAGGCUCGGGUUCGUCACCGAGAUUCAAGGAUAACAUCAUACUGGAUGCAGAGAUAGUCGCAUAUUCGGAUGUUCUGGGAGGAAUCGAUGAAUUCUGGCGUAUCCGGAGUUUGAUCAGUAGCACAGCAGAUAAUGUGCGCGGCCAGCGAUCAUUUGGUCGUUCAACUGUUGUCCAAGAUGAAGCAAGUCAAUGCUCGCUGAUCUCUAACGCAUCAGACGGAGGCAAUCGACACCUGGCGCUCGUCUUCUUCGACGUCCUGAUGAUUGAUUCUGUAUUCCUCUUGCAACGCUCCUACGCCGAACGUCGCGCCACUCUAGAAGAUAUCGUGAUCGUUCGACAAGGCCAUUCCAUGCUUGCUGGACGGGAAUGUAUCCAUGUGUCCGACAAGGCGAAGGGACGUCCGUGCGAGGCGGAGGGGGAGCAGCUCGCGAGCAUAUUCGCGCGGGCCAUCGCUGCUCAUCAGGAAGGCCUUGUACUGAAAGCCGAUAACGGAGCGUACAACAGUUGGUCUUCGCCCUGGGUUAAGUUGAAGAAGGAUUACAUCCCGGGAUACGGCGAUUGUGUCGAUCUGGUCAUCGUGGGAGCAGGGUGGGAUAAGGACCGGGCCCGUGAAUUGAGAGUUGCUCCAGAGACUUUCACAACGUUCUACGUCGGCGCAGUUUCCAACACCGUCGGAUGCCAACGAAAUUCUGAUGUCCUCCCUCACUUUGAAGUCUUCUUCACCGUAUCCUACGGCUUGAGUCGCGAACAGUUAGAAGAAUUGAACUUCUUGAUCAAGAGCUCCGACCCCGUAAUGUAUCAGGCAGAUCUAUCGAAACAUUCUCAUCCCCGUCUUACGUACACUCUCACCAUGUUCUCCGGCCUAGUGAAACCCAACGUACUCCUCCGCGUACCUUUGCUCGUAGAGCUGUAUGGUGCUGGAUUCACAAAAGCGCCAUCAUCCAAGUUCUACGAACUGCGCUUCCCGCGUCUUACUAAGUUCUAUCGCACCUCGGAACGUUCGGCGUCGGAAUGCCUUACCCUGCAAGAACUGAACAAAAUCGCGCACGAGAGCGUAGGGCGCGACCGGUCCCUCAAAGACAUCGAUGAUUGGUGCAAAAAGACGUGGAACAAGACGGCUUCCCCGAGCGUCAGGUGUCCGAAGAGAAAGAAGGCGUCCGAGCAAGCUUGGGAAGAGAAAUUUGCAUUAGCCGAC